GAUAGUAUUCGAUCGACAGUAAGACCCGCUGUUACUCGUUUCGUAGUUGGAAGCACCUUUGGGCCCGGAGACCCCUUAGUUUAGUGGACAAGAAAGCGGCUGAGCUUCUGACGAAUCCGAUUCGGAAAUUGUUAUGUUGCAGGUGAUCGCGCUCAAGACUUUAUUCGUAAGCGACACUUUGGCGAGUGCGGUACGGCGGCGAUCGCGACCUGUGCCUAGGGUGUAAUCCGCGGUUAAGUCUACUAGAAAGAUACAUAGCAAAAGUGAGAUUUAUUCGGCGCUAAGUGAUUGUUGACGAAUGUAUCUUGUUAAUAGUAUCUAUUUUCCUGGUGCUUAGUUCAGCUGAUAACACUGCGUAAUUCAUCUUUUUUUUUGGAGAAAAAGAACUGAUUCCGAAAACCACACCUGGAUCGGGUUAAAUUACCUUCGCUUGUAAGAGCCCGUCCUUAGGAAGCAAACGGGCUGUAAGGAUCUCGAUAGUGAAUACAAGCCAAGUUUGUGUUAUUUUACCGAGAACAACGUCCAGAGGGUAUCUGAUAAUUGAUAGUGGCGCUCAGUAAGUUACGAAUUCGGGAGUAGGUCGUGCAAGAAGUGUUUACUGCUCCAACGGAAAACAGAAAGAUCGUUAGUUGCUGUAAUCACCGCUACCAGUCGUGCAGACAGCGAUUCAAUUGAAUUUCGAAGAGUUGUGGCAAUAAUUUACGCUAUUUUUAAAAAAACCAAAGUUAGUACCAGACUUUCACAAUGAGUGAAUCAGGAUUGAUUGAUAGAUUAGUCGAUUUCUUCGUCGUCAACGAAGAUCAACGUACAAAAUCAUGGUUCCUGUCAAAUUCACCGGGACCACUGAUCACAAUCUUAGUUUCAUAUUUGUACUUCUGCCUUUAUGCCGGACCAAAAUAUAUGAAAAAUAGAAAACCAUUCGAACUGAAAACAGCUUUGCUUGUGUAUAAUGCAAUCCAAGUAGUGUUAAGUGUAAUUCUUUUCUACGAGGGUCUGGAAGGUGGAUGGGCGAAACAUUAUAAUUUUAGAUGUCAACCUGUUGAUUACACAUACGAUCCACUGGCAAUGAGGAUGGCGCGUGCUGUUUGGCUGUAUUACAUUUGCAAAAUAACCGAACUAUUGGACACAGUGUUCUUUGUGCUUCGCAAACGACAAAGACAGGUCACAUUCUUGCAUUUAUAUCAUCACACCUUGAUGCCAAUUUGUGCCUUCAUCGGAGUUAAAUACUUUGCAGGUGGUCAUGGAACUCUGCUAGGAUGCAUCAACUCCUUCAUCCACAUCUGGAUGUACGCUUACUACCUCCUCUCAGCUCUUGGUCCACACAUGCAGAAGUACUUGUGGUGGAAGAAGUACUUGACAACCCUCCAAAUUGUUCAAUUCUUGAUCAUCUUCGUGCACACAAUCCAACUUCAAUUCCAGCCAAACUGCAACUUCCCCAAACCAAUUGCUGCUCUUCUCAGUUUGAACGCUGGUCUUUUCACCUACAUGUUCUCGUCCUUCUACAUUCAGACGUACAAAAAGCGACCCAGCGCUAGUACCACCCCCAGCAACAACAACAACACCGAAAGUUCGAGUCCUGAAACAAAAGAAAUUAAGGCAGAAUAGUCGUAGCUGAAAUAGGAACUCCAAAAGGGAAAAGUUUACAAAUUAAGUUAGAAUAGUUAUUUUCUAGAAACUAAGUAGUUUUAGAAAGACCAACAGAGACGAGAGAUCAUUUUCACGAAAUACGUUUCACAUUUUCUUAAUGGAUUUUUUUUGCGGAAAGUACAAGGAAAUAGAAUAGAAUCAUCCUAGGAGACGAGCGAAGGAAAAUUCAUGGAAAGCAACAGAAUAUUAUUUAGAUAUUUUGUUGCUCAUCUCACGGUGAAGUGGAAAACUGGCCAAAUCGAUUUAUUCCAGCAAAUUUGGGAUUUUUAAAUGAAAGUUAUCCAAUUUGCAGCUGAGAUGUGAUAUCGCAAAGAAAAUUAGUUUAUUUCGAAUUUCAUAUUUUGCCACCAAUGCUUGAAGAAUGUUGGUAAGGUGUAAGAUACUGAUAUAUGUGAAAAGUAAUUUAAGGGUUGAUAUUCAAUUGUAAAAAAACGCCGAAACAAAUCACUGUACAAUAAAGACAUGUAUUUAUCAGAGACCGA